CAUCUUGUUGUCGUUUUCGCAUCGUGUGCGGCCGUAGGGACAGACAGUCAAAUGCCGAGUAUCAAGGACAAAUGUGUCGAAUCGAAUUGUCUUUCAAGGAAAACGAACCGCCGUCAUGGUGAAGAGACGUGGGGGAUUUCUAUGGAGAUGUCAGCGCAAGGCUCGGAGGGUCAGGAGAUGCGAGCGGGGAACACACAUUUUCCACAGUUGCAGGCUCCCUGAGCGCAGCCGCAGUCGGCGCAGUUGCAUCCAGCAGUUCCGCAGCCAGGCAUGUUUGCUAAGAGUAUUCUUUGGUUUGGGAGGAGAAAAAAAGGUAUGAGGGGUAGGCGGGGUCUUUAUCUGCGCGCGCACGGCGCUCGGCACGCGCCGCUGCCUCUCACUGCGACGCCCAGCGUUACGGCGCUCUGCUCUGCGAUUGGAGAACCGCACAGCAAGAGUGGGCUGCGCCAGGGCUGGCCGCCCGCACAAUUCACUCAGGGCUCGCGCGUUGCCGCCUUUGGCGGGGGGCCCCACGGAACUUGCUCAAACAGGGAUGGCUGGCGGAGGCGGCGCCUUUGCGGGAGUUGUGCGGUGCGAACUUUGGGUGGGAAAGCAAGCAAAAGGAGAGGGAUUGCUGCGAGGCAGUUGGUGGCCAGUGGCGAGCUCGCGGGGAGUGACACACUGCCAUCACGCAUGGAGGAAUCCUCGGAGGGCUGCUCGAGCAGUGGACUGCCGUUUCGACGAGGACGUCUUCGAUAUGGCAAGUGGAUACCACCGAUAACAUAUCGACGUCUAAACCCACCGGUCCGACGCUCAACGCGUCCGCGGCUUCUGGCAAGAGCUACUGUCCCUCGGUAUGCCGUACGUGCCCUGCAUGGAGUGCACCACACUACUGUACACGGGAGCAAAUGUGUACCUGCCAAGUCAAGGGACUCAACAGAGCAUCUGUUCUCCCGAGGACCGGAUCUUUGUCUAUGCUGUGUACAAAUGAGUGCGGUUGACUGUACAGCUGAUAGAAGCCAGCCGGGGCCGUCGGCCAAACAAGACUCCCGCGUUCUUACGUACCGCGAGUGCGGUUUCACUGUCACGUCACGUCACCUCACCUCAUGCCAUGGGCUAGGAUGCAAUGCCAUAUCGUGGCAUGACAUGAGCACAUGUCCAGCGCGCAAUAGCCAGGGCGUAGCUAUAAACCUUGACCGAAUGGAGGCUGUAAACAUGCUACCUGCUCAGCUCCUCGGAGCUGAGCUGCACUUCCAAAGCACAUGCCCAUCAUCCGUGCCUACACAUGUGCACAGUAUAGACAGGAGCAUAUCAACGCGACGUAUUGCAACACCACAGCAAGGCAUUUCGUGAGCCAAGCCCGACAGCCAUUGCUCCCAACGCCUCGCCUCGGCUACCCACGGUCCUUG